AUGGGGAAAUGAGGCACAGAGAAGUUAAGUAACUUGCCCAAGGUCUCACAGCUAAGAACUUCGAUGCAGGCCUGGAGCAGAGACUGAACUGGACACGGAAGCCUUGGGUGUAAAGGGCCAUGGUGCUGCGGCUCUGGGCCCUGGCCUUCCUGGGCCUGGUGGGGCUGGGAGCAAGCCUUCGGCCCCGCAGGCAGGACGUGUUCAGCAGCGAGACGGAGCUGAAUCACCUGGUGGUGGAUGAGGCCUCGGGUGUGGUGUACGUGGGGGCUGUGAAUGCCCUGUACCAGCUGAGUGCCGACCUGCGCCUCCAGCAGCAGGCCACCACGGGGCCUGCGCUGGACAACAAGAAGUGCACGCCGCCCAUCGAGCCCAGCCAGUGCCACGAGGCGGUGAACACUGACAACGCCAACCAGCUGCUGCUGCUCGACCUGCCCGGGAAGCGCCUGGUGGAGUGCGGCAGCCUCUUCAAGGGCAUCUGUGCCCUUCGGGCCCUGAGCAACAUCUCUGUGCUGCUCUUCUAUGAGGAUGGCAGUGGUGAGAAGUCCUUUGUGGCCAGCAACGAUGAGAGUGUGGCCACUGUGGGGCUGGUCAGCUCCGCGCGUCCAGAUGGGGAGAGAGUACUGUUCGUGGGCAAGGGCAACGGGCCGCACGACAACGGCAUCAUCGUGAGCACCCGCCUGCUGGACCGGUCUGAAGGCAGGGAGGCCUUCGAGGCCUACUCUGACCAUACCACCUUCAAGGCUGGCUACCUGUCCACCAACACACAGCAGUUCGUGGCGGCAUUCGAGGACGGCCGCUACGUCUUCUUCGUCUUCAACCAGCAGGACAAGCACCCAGCCCAGAACCGCACCCUGCUGGCACGCAUGUGCAAGGAUGACCCUUCCUACUAUUCCUAUGUGGAGAUGGACCUGCAGUGCCUGGAGCCUGGCGACCACAGUGACCCUGAGGGCUCUCCCUUCGGUGCCUGCCUGGCAGCCUCUGUGGCCUCACCAGGUGCCAGCAGGGUGCUCUACGCUGUGUUCAGCAGGGACAGUCGGAGUGGAAGGGGACCUGGGGCUGGUCUCUGCCUGUUCCCGUUAAAUGAGGUCCACGACAAGAUGGAGUCCACCCGUAGUGCCUGCUACACGGGCUCCCGGGACUCAGGCCGGGACAUCUUCUACAAGCCCUUCCAUGGCGACAUCCAGUGUGGUGGCCACUUGGCGGGUGCCAGUGAGAAUUUCCCCUGUGGCUCGGAGCACCUACCCUACCCACUAGGCAGCCGUGAUGGCCUUAAAGCCACUGCUGUGCUGCGGCGUGGAGGCCUGAAUCUGACAGCCGUGACAGUCACUGCUGAGAACGGUCACACGGUGGCUUUCCUGGGUACCUCUGAUGGCCGGAUCCUUAAGGUGUACCUCACCCCAGACGGCACCUCCACAGAGUACGGCUCCAUCCUUGUGGAGCUCAACAGGAGAAUCAAACAGGAUCUGGUGCUGUCUGGAAACCUGUCUAGUCUCUACGCCAUGACCCAGGACAAGGUGUUCCGGCUCCCGGUGCAGGAGUGUCUCAGCUACCCAACCUGCGCGCAGUGCCGGGACUCCCAGGAUCCCUACUGUGGCUGGUGUGUCGUCGAGGGACGGUGCACCAGGAGGAGUGAGUGCCCGAGGGCUGAGGAGGCCAGCCAUUGGCUGUGGAGCCGGAACAAGUCCUGUGUGGAGAUCACAGACACCCAGCCUCAGAACAUGAGCCGGCGGACCCAGGGAGAUGUGCGGCUGACUGUCAGCCCCCUCCCAGCCCUGACCAGUGAGGACAAGCUGCUGUGCCUCUUCGGGGAGUCGCCGUCACAUGUCGCCCGCGUGGAUGGGGACGCCGUCAUCUGCAUCUCCCCAAGCAGCAUCCCCAGCACACCUCCAGGCCAGGACCAUGUGGCGGUGAGCAUCCAGCUCCUCUUUGAACGCGGCAAUAUCUUCCUCACCUCCCACCAGUACCCAUUCUAUGACUGCCAGAAGGCCAUGAGCCUGGUGGAGAACCUGCCGUGCAUCUCUUGUGCCAGCAACCGCUGGACCUGCCAGUGGGACCUGCUGUACCACGAAUGCCGGGAGGCUUCGCCCAACCCUGAGGGCAGCAUCAUCCGUGCCCACAUGGAGGACAACUGUCCCCAGUUCCUGAGCCCCACGCCACUGGUCAUCCCCAUGAACCAUGAGACUGAUGUGACCUUUAAGGGCAAGAACUUGGACACAGUGAAGGUGUCCUCCCUGUACGUGGGCAGCGACCUGCUCACAUUUGAAGUGCCAGUGACCAUGCAAGAGCCAGGCACCUUCUUCUUUCGGACCCCAAAGCUGUCCCAUGAUGCCAAUGAGACAUUGCCUCUACACCUGUACGUCAAGUCUUACCGCAAGAAUAUUGACAGCAGGCUCCAAGUGACCCUCUACAACUGCUCCUUCGGCCGCAGCGACUGUUCCCUGUGCCUGGCAGCCGACCCCAACUACAGGUGUGUGUGGUGCCCCGGCCAGAGCAGGUGUGUGUACGAGACACUGUGUGGCAACGCCACCUCCGAGUGCCCGGCGCCCGUCAUCACCAGGAUCCAGCCGGAGACCGGCCCACUAGGUGGGGGCAUCCGCAUCACCAUCCUCGGGUCCAAUUUGGGCAUCAGAGCGAGCGAUGUCAAGAGCAUCACUGUGGCCGGCCAGAACUGCACCUUUGAACCGGAACAGUACUCUGUGUCCACCCGCAUCGUGUGUGUUAUUGAGGCUGCGCAGGAACCCCUCAGCGGCGGCAUCAAGGUAGAAGUCAAUGGGAAGCUUGGCCGCUCGCCACCCAGCGUGCAGUUCACCUACCAGCAGCCUGAGCCUCUCCUUGUGGAGCCAAAGCAGGGACCACAGGCAGGUGGCACCACGCUGACCAUCAGUGGCACCCACCUGGACACAGGCUCCAAGGAGGACGUGCGGGUGACCCUCAACGAUGUCCCUUGUGAAGUGACCGAGUUUGGGGAGCAGCUGCAGUGUGUCACAGGCCCCCAGCCGGCUCUGGGUGAGGUGGCUCUUGAGAUCUCCUACGGAGGCUCCCCGGUGCCCAGCUCUGGCAUCUCCUUCACCUACCGCGAGAACCCAGUGCUGCGGACCUUCGAGCCCCAGCGGAGCUUUGUCAGUGGUGGCCGGAGCAUCAGUGUCACUGGCCAAGGCUUCAGUCUCGUCCAGAAGUUCGCCAUGGUGGUCAUUGCUGAGCCCCUGCAGUCCUGGCGGCGGCGGCGGGAGGCUGGACCCCUGCAGACCACCACGGUCACGGGCACUGAGUACGUGUUCCACAAUGACAGCAAGGUUGUGUUCCUGUCCCCGGCUGUCCCCGAGGAGCCCGAGGCCUACAACCUCACGGCGCUGAUACAGAUGGAUGGGCACCGCGUCCUGCUCAGGACCGAGGCCAGCGCCUUCGAGUACGUGGCAGACCCCACCUUCGAGAACUUCACAGGUGGUGUGAAGAAGCAGGUCAACAAGCUCAUCCAUGCGCAGGGCACCAACCUGAACAAGGCCAUGACGCUGCAGGAGGCAGAGGCCUUCGUGGGUGCUGAGCGCUGCAUCAUGAAGACACUCACAGAGACUGACCUGUACUGCGAGCCGCCCGAGGUGCAGCCCCCGCCCAAGCGGCGGCAGAAGCGGGACACAACACACAACCUGCCUGAGUUUAUUGUAAAGUUUGGUUCACGAGAGUGGGUGCUGGGCCGGGUAGAGUACGACACGCGUGUCAGUGACGUGCCGCUCAGCCUCAUCCUGCCGCUGGUCAUCGUGCCCAUGGUGGCUGUCAUCGCGGUGUCUGUCUAUUGCUAUUGGAGGAAGAGCCAGCAGGCUGAGCGUGAGUACGAGAAGAUCAAGUCCCAGCUGGAGGGCUUGGAGGAGAGUGUGCGUGACCGCUGCAAGAAGGAGUUCACAGACCUGAUGAUCGAGAUGGAGGACCAGACGAAUGAUGUGCAUGAGGCGGGCAUCCCCACGCUGGACUACAAGACCUACACAGACCGGGUGUUCUUCCUGCCCUCCAAGGACGGCGAUAAGGACGUCAUGAUCACCGGCAAGCUGGACAUCCCCGAGUCACGGCGGCCUGUAGUGGAGCAGGCGCUCUACCAGUUCUCCAACCUGCUCAACAGCAAGUCCUUCCUCAUCAACUUUAUCCACACCCUGGAGAACCAGCGGGAGUUCUCGGCCCGUGCCAAAGUCUAUUUCGCGUCGCUGCUGACGGUGGCGCUGCACGGGAAGCUGGAGUACUACACGGACAUCUUGCGCACGCUCUUCCUAGAGCUCAUGGAGCAGUACGUGGUGGCCAAGAACCCCAAGCUGAUGCUGCGCAGGUCUGAGACGGUGGUGGAGAGGAUGCUGUCCAACUGGAUGUCCAUCUGCCUGUACCAGUACCUCAAGGACAGCGCUGGUGAACCACUCUACAAGCUCUUCAAGGCCAUCAAACACCAGGUGGAAAAGGGGCCAGUGGAUGCCGUGCAGAAGAAAGCCAAGUACACCCUCAAUGACACGGGGCUGCUAGGGGAUGAUGUGGAGUAUGUGCCCCUGACGGUGAGUGUGAUCGUGCAGGACGAAGGUCUCGAUGCCAUCCCCGUCAAGGUCCUCAACUGCGACACCAUCUCUCAGGUCAAGGAGAAGAUCAUUGACCAGGUGUACCGCACACAGCCCUGUUCCUGCUGGCCCAAACCCGACAGCGUGGUCCUUGAGUGGCGUCCUGGGUCCACGGCUCAGAUCCUCUCUGACUUGGACCUGACCUCCCAGCGGGAUGGCCGGUGGAAGCGCAUCAACACCCUCAUGCAUUACAAUGUCCGGGAUGGAGCCACCCUCAUCCUGUCCAAGGUGGGCGUCUCCCAGCAGCCAGAGGAUAGCCAGCAGGACCUGCCUGGGGAGCGCCACGCCCUGCUAGAGGAGGAGAACCGAGUGUGGCACUUGGUGCGGCCAACGGAUGAGGUGGAGGAGGGCAAGUCCAAGCGGGGCAGCGUGAAGGAGAAGGAGCGGACCAAGGCCAUCACCGAGAUCUACCUGACAAGGCUGCUGUCGGUCAAGGGCACGCUGCAGCAGUUCGUGGACAACUUCUUCCAGAGCGUGCUGGCACCUGGACACGCAGUGCCUCCUGCGGUCAAGUACUUCUUUGACUUUCUGGAUGAGCAGGCUGAGCGGCAUGACAUCCGGGAUGAAGACACCAUCCACAUCUGGAAAACCAACAGCCUGCCACUCCGCUUCUGGGUGAACAUCCUCAAGAACCCCCACUUCAUCUUCGACGUGCACGUGCAUGAGGUGGUGGAUGCCUCGCUGUCAGUCAUUGCACAGACCUUCAUGGACGCCUGCACACGCACGGAGCACAAGCUGAGCCGCGACUCGCCCAGCAACAAGCUGCUGUAUGCCAAGGAGAUCUCUACCUAUAAGAAGAUGGUGGAGGAUUACUAUAAGGGGAUCCGCCAGAUGGUGCAGGUCAGUGACCAGGACAUGAACACACACCUGGCCGAGAUCUCGAGGGCGCAUACGGACUCCCUGAACACCCUGGUGGCCCUGCACCAGCUCUACCAAUACACACAGAAGUACUACGACGAGAUCAUCAAUGCCUUGGAGGAGGACCCUGCUGCCCAGAAGAUGCAGCUGGCCUUCCGCCUGCAGCAGAUCGCAGCUGCUCUGGAGAACAAGGUCACUGACCUCUGACCUCUGACCGUCCAUGCUGCCUUCAGGCCCAGACGUGCCCCAAGUGUGGGGCGCAGCGGACCCACCUCGGGCCCACCUCCUGCUGUAGACGGUAGCAUCUUUCUCCUGAGCAAUACAGCCCGGGUUCCAGCACCAGCUUUCCUGUGGCACCAGCAUUGCUGUGCUCGUCUCCUGAGGAUUCCCAAACGUGCCUUACAGGCCACACUGGGCCACUGCGAGUCGUGGGGCCUUGGCCUCCCCUGCCUGAGCACCAGCACCCUCUUCGGAUGCCCUAGGCUUGGCUUCUAAGGUGGGUCGAGUGCCUGCAGCCCCCAGGGCAAGUUCCCGGACUGAGUAUCUGCCUGUCUGCCAGAUAGAAGGAGGAGAAAAAGCGGUACGAUGCCUUCUGACCUCACCUGGCCUCCCUGCGGGGCGCGAGGGCUGCCGGGCCCCACCUCUAAGGUCAAGCUGGACGUCAGACGUCGGGGCCCAGAUGGCCAGUAGGACCCAGCAGACUGGGAGUCCUGGUCUCGGCCUGUCAGACAGGCUGUCUGGAGGCUCCCCUGGGCCAGCUCCACCAGGACCACCUCAUCCUUUUUUGUAAAUUUUGUUAAUUGUAAAUCCAUUACACAUCUGUCUUUUUCACUC